AUGAUGUGUGUUAACUGUUUAAACGUUGGUCGCGGCUCAAUAAGGGAUGCCCGGGUCAUCUUGAGAGCAUGCGCCCGGCCAAAGGAGUUCCUGGCAACAGAGCGUUUCCCGCUGUGGCCGACGCAUGAGAUUUUGGCAGGGAAGGCCGUGGUUAUAUGCGGCGACGCUAGCGCGGUGUCCCCGCUCGGGCGUUUGGUCUGCGAGGGCGAACGGAGCUGUCGCGCGCCCACGCCCGGCGUCAGAAAUAGCGGCGCGGGCGCCGACGGUGACUCAGAGCAGACAAUGGGCCCGGUGUUCCCGUGCGAUAGCUUUCGC